AUGGCUGCUCUGAUCAGAGUUGUAUUUCUUCUGCUUUCUCUCUCCCUGCUGUCUGUAGAUGCGUUUCAGCUGUACGUACACCCCAACGCCCGCUGCUCGCUGCUCAGCAGCAGCAGCACAUGCAGCAGCAGCAGCAGCAGCAGCAGCAGCAGGAGCAGACACAGCGGCCACUACAGCAACAGCACCACACCAAGCAAAGGCCCCACCCCUUCGUCUCACGUACGGCAUCUAGCAGCAGCAGCAGCAGCAGCAGCAGCAGAUGCACAUGCAACAACAGCUGCAGGAGGAACAGCAGCAGCAGCAGCAACAGCACAAGUGGAUGCGGCUCUGGUGAAGAAACUAAGACAAAUAACUGCAGCAGGGUAUGGGGCUUGCAUGCGGGCGCUGCAGCAGAGCAGCGGGGAUUUGACGAAGGCAGUGCAGUGGCUGCGGCAGCAGGGAGCAGCAGAUGCAGCAGCAGCAGCAGCUGCUGCUGCUGCUGCUGCAGGAAGCAGAACAGGCAGCAGCGACUCCCUCAAAGAAGGGGUUGUUGCAGUGUGCCGCAUGGAAGCCACGCCAGCAGCAGCAGCAGCAGCAGCAGCAGCAACAGACGCAGCAGCAGCAGCUGCUGCACCCAACGCGCCAGCAAAAGCAGCAGCAGCAGCAGCAGCAGCAGCAAAUGUAGAGAGAGUUGCUGCUGUUCACGUUGCAUGCAGCACCGACUUUGUCAGCCGCAGUGAUGUCUUCUGCGCAGCAGCAAGGCGUGCUGCUGCUGCUGCAUGCAACUCUUCAGAAUUUGCUGCUGCAGCAGCAGCAGCAAGAUCGCAGCAGCAGCAAGACAAGCUGCUGCUGCAGCUCAUGGCUCUGCCUGUUUCGGAUGCUUCAACAGCAGCAGCACCUGCAGCAUCUGACGCAGCAGCAGCAGCAGCAGCAGCAGCAGGGGACACAGCAGCAACAGCACCUGCACCUGCACCUGCAGCUGCAGCAACAGAAGCAGCAGCAGCAGCAGCAGCAGCAGCAGCAACAGUUGGUGAGGAUUUAGCUUAUGCUUCUCGCUUGUACAUUGCAGCAGCAAAACCACUCGCGGUAAGAGCAGAGGACCUCCCCCCAGAGAUGGUGGCUCAAGAGCGUCAGUAUGCCCUCGCAAGCCUGACAUUGCAGCAGCAAAACCACUCGCGGUAG